CUCUCGCCUCCAGACACGCGUCAACCAUACACCACGCUUGACCUGCCCGAUGUGACGAAGGCACGAUGCUCAAGGAUCAUUCACCGAUUGUUCAGGCGCUCCUCGGGACCCUAUUCACGUGGGCUCUCACUGCGGCCGGCGCCGCUCUCGUGGUCAUUAUUCGAGGAAAACAACGUAAGCUCCUCGAUGUCAGCCUGGGGUUCGCCGCUGGCGUGAUGGUAGCUGCGAGUUACUGGUCAUUGCUCGCACCAGCGAUCGAAAUGGCAACCGAGAGCAAGAUAUACGGACACAACGGCGAGUUCGCGUUCGUGCCGGUCGCAGUUGGAUUUCUCCUCGGCGCGACAUUCGUAUACGGGACGGACGCGUUGAUAUCUUCCCUCGGCAUUCAGUCCCCCAAUGUGCUUUUAGCUAUGCAAUCAGUCGGUACGAAACAAAAUCGCAAGAUCAUUGCGAAACUAAAGAGUGACGAGGACUUAAACGAUGAUUAUAAUCCGUUACUUAACGACGUACAAAUUUCCUGUGGAAAGAUGUACUCUCGCGUCGAAUCGACUACUAUCGACGGCUUCUACGAACAGAAUAGUAGACGUCGACAACUUACAAAUAUAAACAGAACAGAACCGGCAGAAAUCGGAACAGUUUACGAGGAUCCUAAUAACGAAGCGAAGAACAAUCAAUGGCGGAGGAUAUUACUACUAGUUGUGGCAAUUACGAUACAUAAUAUUCCUGAGGGUCUUGCUGUCGGUGUUGGCUUUGGCGCAGUAGGCAGUAGCGCAUCAGCCACUUUUGAAAAUGCAAGAAACCUGGCAAUCGGGAUAGGAAUACAAAAUUUCCCGGAAGGGUUGGCGGUGUCUCUGCCUCUUCAGGCAGCCGGAAUCAGUACACUGAAGAGCUUCUGGUACGGCCAGCUCUCGGGGAUGGUGGAGCCCAUCGCCGGUGUCCUUGGCGCAGCCGGAGUAACGCUCGCCGCACCUGUGCUACCUUAUGCGCUUGCCUUUGCGGCCGGUGCGAUGAUUUACGUUGUGAUCGACGACAUCAUCCCGGAAGCGCAUCAGAGUGGAAACGGAAAGUUCGCCAGCUGGGCCGCCAUCGUUGGUUUCCUGGUGAUGAUGUCCUUAGACGUUGGCCUAGGUUAAGGAUGUCGUCUCCUUUUAUAGACCUUUUAUAGACGUUUAAAAAUUAGGUAUCAAAAUUAUAUGGGAUGGCGAUGUGCAGUUUUCGCAGACAAAUAUUUCCUCAAUUGCGGCAUUUAUUUUAUGGAACAAUAUUGUGUAUUUUUUCCCUCCAAAAAAAAUCGAAAAUUAAGUACUAGCUUUUUAAUUCUAUCGUGUCGUUUCUCAUUCGCAAAUCUAAACCUAUCGUUGUUAUUCGUAUUAUCCAUUCGUAUGUUUCUGAUUAUCAUUGUUGUAAUCUAUCGGUAGGUUCUUCCUUAAUGAGAGGACACAGUUCAUAUCAUUACAUUACGCAGAUCCGCUUGCAUCUUUUUAAAACGAAACUCUCUGGGAAAAGUACGACUUUCAUAACUUCUUAUAUGUCCCUCGUGUGCGCAAUCACCUACUUCAUUCUCGUGCCUGGAAGGUAAAUUUAUACGCAUGUUUAUUGCGUUACAAUGUGUCCUUUCUAAUCACAGACUGCGCGCACAGAUUUCGUUCCUAUAGCGAUGUGGCGUUUAUUCCGUAUCCACGUAACGAGAUUGCCGCUAUAAACGUUAACAUAAAACUAGAGUACUUGGCAGAAUCCGACGCACGUCUCUUGUCAAUGGUGCUUCCUUAAAAAAAUUUUAACUAAAUCAAAUACAUAAUCCUUAUUAGUCUCUCCAAUAUUGUUUAAUCAAUUCAAUUAUCCGAAUUAUAUAUAGAUAUAACGUAUUCAAAUUCUAGUUUUACAAUUUAUAAUAAAGCAGGAUAAAAACACAGAAAUAACGUAUCAAUAAAACACGAUCGAAGCAAUUAAUGUCGCUUUACAAUUUGCAGACGAAUAUUGUACAGUAUAUGUUGUAUAAUAUACAUACAUAGAUAUAAGAGGUUUAUGCUCUUAUCUUCAUGCGCUAAGACAUUUUCGCAUUCCGAUGUACAUAGGUUUCUUAUACAUGUAACAUCCAUCCUCAGCACGCACGAUACGAGCGUAACGUUCCGUUUUUAUUAUUAAGAGCGACCGCGAGUCGAUAUUCCUCGAUGCCUGUACUCGCAGUAAUUGAAAGGUACAGAUCGAUCAUUGAUAUCCGAUUUCCGACGCUGUACACUUAUGUAAGAUAUAGAGACUAUAUUUUGAUACAUUGUCGAUAGACCACUGAAGUAUUAGCAAUAUACGUGUGUACCGAUUCACGCAUAUGUAUAUAAAAUCGUGAUAUAAAAAUAAGAUGUGUGUGAAACAUUGUGGAUGCAUUCCCGUGCAAAAUAAUAACUUCGAUACAUGACAAAUUGGUUCCUACAAAGCAGACUCAAAUUUUAAAAAGCAAUACGAUUGUCAACAUUAGUAUCAACAUGCUGAUAGUGUCUAAUAAUUAGUUUUACUUUGGAAUUUUGUGCAUACAUCAACGACCAAUUUUUAAUUGAUUUUCACUUUUGCCAUAUGUAACACUAACACCUUGUUUUUAUAUUUAUAUGUUUAGAAUCAUAGAGUAUAUUCCUCGUACUAAUUUCAUAUUAAACAGGUCGUCUGGAUUCGUUGAUGUCGAGAAGCAUCUUUCUAUAUAGCAUAAUAGCAUCUCAAUCAUUUUAAUUAACGUUAUCUCGCGAUAGUUUUAAAAACUGCCAUUUGAAGCAUUUAUUAAUAGAGUUUAGUUACUUCUGUGAAAUUCACACAUCAUAAGACUAAAAUUGUCAAUUCAAAAGUCAAUUGUAUCCUUUUUCAAGACAUUUUUGCUAUCGUUCCGGGAAUGAUCUUCUCGACAAUCUUUGAUCCGGACAAUCGGUACAGUUACUAUUCAAAGAGUACGGAAAACCAUCUACGCUCGGUUUAUAUUAAACCAGUGCAAACGAGCAUCAGCCGUUAGAAGCUUCGAUAAUGGAAGCGAAGGUCGUCUCGAUCAAUGUCGACGGCACGACAUCACGUCGGCGAUUGCGACGCGUGCCACGAGCGGUGCUGUAGCGAAAUGUAUCGUCUGUAAUUAAUAUAAUUGCGCAGAUCAUGUGAUCACAUGGAUAUAACAUUGUAUUAUACUUUAGAUAAUCAGUAGAGUCAAUUGUAAAAUUUGUAUGACCGUUUAUGUAAGUUGUUGAAAUUUACGCCCACCUGCGGCUUGAUUGAUUAGUACUUGAUGCACAGAAAAUCUAUAUUGACAGAAAUAAUAAGAUGUUUAAAAAAAUACUUUUUAAUCGCGAAUAUAAAAGAAUAUGAAAGAAGUGUGUAGAACACAAGUGAAAUCUUUUUGAUAAUUUUUACAAUUGAAAGCUGCGGUUAAGAAUUUUUUUCCCCGAUUAAAUUAGGUGCCUUCGUAACUUAAUUAGGAUUACUUAUGCUAUUUUUCACGGCAAGAAAUCAGUGCAAUUCGAUGAAUUGACGGAACGGAAGUAAUAAUCUUAUCCGUUUAUUAUUGUUUUACUACAAUAAAAUUAUUAAUUUGUCUCAAAAAUUAUUCUACAUUAAAUAUUCAAGAGAUAUUUAUUCGUCACAAAUGUUAUAGCUAAAUGGUUUACAAAGAUAUACAAUAAAAAAGUGCAUUAAAGCGUA